AUGGAUUUCGACAGGGCCAUGGCAAGCAUGGCAAGGAGUGCAGCCUUCGAUCGGUCGGGAGCCUCUGUGCCGCGCUCGGGCGGAAACCUGUCUAGCGACACCAAAGCCGUCCUCUGCCUUGGGGCAGCCGCUGCUGUGGGCUCGGCAGCGUGGAGGUACUACCAACGCCGUGCGUGCCUGCUGAAGUUCGGCCGGGACAUGACGGCAUCGGCUGGAAAAACCGAUCCGGUGAUCGGCCGCGACGACGAGAUUGACCGUGUCGUCUCCAUCCUCUGCCGCCGGACCAAGAACUGCGUCGCGCUCGUCGGCGCUGCAGGGGUAGGCAAGACGGCCGUCGCCGAGGCCCUCGCCCAACGCAUUGCCGCCAGGAUGGUCCCCGACGUUCUUGCCGGCGCGCGCGUCAUUGAGCUCGACGUCGGAGCAUUGGUGGCUGGGACCAAGUGGCGUGGCUCCUUCGAGAGACGCAUGAAGGAUGUGAUAAAGCAGGUGGAGGCCGCGGACGGCAAGGUGAUUCUGUUCAUCGACGAGAUGCACAUGCUUCUUGGUGCCGGGCGCUCCAGGAAGAGUGCCAACGAUGCUGCCAACAUGCUGAAGCCAGCAUUGGCCCGUGGCCGUAUCCGCUGCGUGGGUGCCACAACUUUCGAUGAGUACCGUAAGUACAUCGAGAAGGAUGCCGCACUGGAGCGGCGGUUCCAAAAGGUGCAGGUCGAGGAGCCGAGCAUGGACACAACCAUUGAGAUUCUGCAGGCGCUAAAGAAGCGGCACGAACGGCACCAUGGCUUGGAAAUCCAGGAUGCAGCUCUUGUUGCUGCUGCACAGCUUGCUGGCCGCUAUAUCACCGGUCGUCAGUUUCCUGACAAGGCAAUUGAUCUAAUUGACGAGGCAUGCGCCACUGCAAGCAAAAAGAUGAGGCAGAUUAACCGCCAAAAGGCGGAAGUGAACACUAAAAAAAGUAGCUCUGCAAAUGCAAGGAAGGAAGCAAUUAUCACCCCAGAUCAUGUCGCACAAGUUGUGAGCCGAUGGACUGGAAUUCCCGUCACCGCACUUAAUCAAGAGGAGAAGGAUAAGUUAAUCUGCCUAGCGGACAGACUGCAUGAGCGAGUUGUUGGCCAGGAUGAAGCCGUCAACCUAGUUGCAGAUGCAGUGUUACGUUCUAGAGCUGGCCUUGAUCAUCCUGGCCAGCCCAUAGGCUCUUUCCUCUUCUUGGGCUCAACUGGUGUUGGAAAGACAGAACUCGCAAAAGCUCUUGCCGAGCAGCUAUUUGAUAGCGAGAAGAUGUUGGUUCGCUUUGACAUGUCUGAAUAUGUCGGGAGUAGUUCUGUGUUGCGUCUCGUUGGAGCACCUCCAAGCUAUCGUGGCCAUGAGGAUGGUGGACAACUGACUGAGAAAGUUAGGAGGAACCCGUACAGUGUCAUCCUUUUUGAUGAGGUGGAGAAGGCAGAUCCCUCGGUGUUCAAUAUUUUUCUUCAAAUCCUUGAUGAUGGCAGGUUGACUGAUGGCAGAGGCCAGACUGUAGAUUUCAAGAAUACCAUCAUCAUCAUGACCUCAAAUCUUGGAUCUGAUUACCUAAUAUCAAAGACGGCUAGAAAAAACACAACCGAAUCUACACGGGAACUUCUCAUGGAACAGGUUUGCAAGCACUUCAAGCCUGAGCUUCUGAACAGACUGAGUGAGAUCGUUAUAUUUGAGCCGCUUUCGCACGACAAACUGAAGGAGAUAAUGAAAAUCCAGAUGAAGAGCAUUAUGGCCAGAGUAGCUACCAAGGGCAUCUCUCUUUCUGUUAGUGAUGCCGCGUUGGACACCAUCUUAUCGGAAUCAUACAACCCAACCUACGGUGCAAGACCCAUAAGAAGGUGGAUGCAAAAGAAUGUGAUGACAACGCUUUCCAAGAUGUUGGUCAAGGGAGAAGCCAGUGAAGGCUCAACAAUCUGCAUUGAAGUUACUGACGACAAGAAGGGUUUGAAGUAUCAAGUGGUGAAGAAGGAGGUGAGCCUAGACCAGCGCGGACUUAGCUAG